AUGGGGAGAGCUCCCUGCUGUGACAAAGCCAACGUGAAGAAAGGCCCAUGGUCGCCGGAAGAAGACGCAAAACUUAAGGCCUAUAUUGAGAAGCAUGGCACUGGUGGCAACUGGAUUGCCUUACCACAAAAAAUAGGUCUUAGGAGAUGUGGAAAGAGUUGUCGGCUUAGAUGGUUGAAUUAUCUGAGGCCAAACAUCAAGCAUGGAGGGUUUACAGAGGAUGAAGAUAAUUUAAUCUGCAGCCUUUAUAUAAGCAUUGGAAGCAGAUGGUCGAUUAUAGCGGCACAAUUACCUGGAAGAACAGAUAAUGACAUAAAAAACUAUUGGAAUACAAGGCUGAAGAAGAAGCUUCUAGGGAAGCAACGUAAAGAUCAACAGGCUCGCCGAGGGAUCUGCCCUAAGCAAGAAAUGAAGAUGGAAUAUGAGAAUUACUCAGCUAAUGAGUGCUUCAGUUUAUACCAUUUGCCACCACAGCCAGGUGCGGCGCCGCCCUUUUCAGUGGCCUAUGGAACACAAACAGCAACUCACAUCAAAGGGCAGGAAUCUCUCACCAGUAAUUUGAUUGCCCAGUUUGGGGAAAGAUUUUCUUGUGAUCAUCAUGAUCAGCAACCAAACUACACUGGGUUAAUCAACUGCUCUAAUCUAUACCCUUCCGAUAUUACUUCGUCUACAUGCACAAAUUUAAUAAAUAGCACAUGGCCACCAUUGAUGAGCGAUUACUAUGCCAUUAAUGGUGUAGCUUUAGACCAUUUUCAAGAAACUAAUGACAUCCCGGGAGAGCUUGAUGAGGUCAUCAUCAAUGGCAACAUUAAUCCACAACAAUUGCACGGACUGGAGAAUUUCUCUACAUUAGUGGACAUGGUUAGCAGAAACUGUACUUCUCAAGAGAUUUGUACCUGGGGAGAUACAAGUUCUCUUGUUUACUCUUCUUCUAUCUCCAGUUAUGAAGUUUGA